AUGCACCCUUUUCAAAAAAAAAUUUCAGCCAAAGGCACAACAGCUCUAUUAAUCAUGAACUGCAGUAGUCACCAAGUAAUUGAGGCAAUUGCUUCAAACACGCUAUUUUUGUGUGCCCCUUAUAAAGAUGAUCAGUUUUAUAUUUCUGAAGCUUUGCAAAUUCCACCUAGAUAUAAAAUUGAGAAUUAUAAUGGUAAGAAUACGACUAGUAACAAUGAUGAAUGUGUUAUUGAUAUUGACAAUUUUGAGCAAUUAGCCCCGUAUUUAAGCCUUAACGAUAUUGCAAAUGGAGAGAUAACUAGCGAAUAUAUUGCAGAUUUGCUGUUAACAUUGCUGAAAAAUGACAGGUAGAUAUUAACAAGACAAAAUAUUUUAAGAAUAAGAUAAAAGAGGUUACAUGAGCACAUCUAACUUUUCGAAAUUUAGUGAGCAGUUUCUUUCUAUUAAUCAAGUGAAACCGAUUCUCUAUCAUAUAAUCUUUAUUCAAUAUCAUUAUAGUAUAUACAAAACAAAUUUGGAGAAUGCGUAUGAAUAUUUACAUUGUAUAUGGGAUAAAUCACAUAUGACCCCUCAACAAUUAUUUAAACAAAUAGUGACGAAAUUGUUGGACGAUCGCGAAAAAGGUGAAUGAAGUAUGAAAAUUGAAGGAAGAAUGAACGAAAUGUUUGAAAAAAACAUGAAAAGGAUAUAUACUUUUGAUAGAUAUUUGAUAGAUAUUUUUUAAUUCAGUCCACUCAUGCUUCGUACUAUUAAGCAAACGGGGUUUUACAAUCGGGUACGGGGCUUUCCUAUUGUUUCGGGGCGGGGGUCGGGUCGAGGGAGCAAAAUAUGGUCGG